AUGGCUCCGUCUGCGAUCAUCGAGCCUCCGACUCCUAAGGAGCUCUUCAAGGUCGAAAAUGCCCCUCUCGCCUACCGAAAUGAUACUUGGAAAAAGCCCGUUGCCGAUGAUUACAUGUAUGCGUUCAAGUACAAUUUCCCACUACCAACGUAUGCCGAUAGCAAGGAUAUCCUCGAUUUCACCGAAGGCGGCGAGAAGAGUCGCGAGGAAAUUGCCGAUCGUUUCGUAAAACAGUUGGAACAGGUCAUCCAAAGCCGUGAUUCCCAAGCAUUUGCCGACUUGUUCUUGAACUGUGGAGUAUGGAGAGACAAAGUGUCUUUCACUUGGGACUAUCGUUCCUUCAACACGCCGAAAAACAUAGAAAAGGCAGCUUGGGAUCUUUUCCCUCGCACGCCAACCCGCAACUACAAGCUGAUCGAACCCGCCCCGUCGAUCCAGCGGCCAUACCCUGAUAUCGCCUGGCUGCAAAUCGUAUAUUCUUUCGAGACCAACCUCGUCGGCGCAACUGGUGUCUUGAACCUUAUCAAAACAACCGAUGGUUUCAAGAUCUGGACGCUUCAUACCGCUAUCGAGAGCCUUAUCGGCCACCCAGAAGUGCCCAACAGGGAUGGCCACAUGACUGGAGACAAGUCCUGGCACAACCAGAGGAUCGAGGAUGACAACCUGGAAGGCGUCGAGCCUCAAGUCCUUGUGAUUGGUGGAGAUUCUGUCUGUGGCCUUCAUAUGGCUGCUCGACUCAAGGCCCUCGGCAUCGACGCCCUUGUGGUUGAGCGCAACAAGCGGAUCGGCGACAACUGGCGCAACCGAUACGAAUAUCUCUCCCUCCAUCUUCCUCAUUGGGCCGAUCAUUUUCCCUACUUCCCUUAUCCCGACCACUGGCCAACAUAUACCCCAGCCGGGAAGAUGGGUGAUUGGCUUGAAUGGUAUGCGAGUGCUAUGGAGCUAACCACGUGGACUGACAGUUCCGUGGUGGGAGCUUCACAAUCCAGCACGGGUGAGUGGGAGGUGACGGUUGAACGUGGGACGAAAGACAACAAGUAUACGCGGACUUUUCAUCCCGCGCACGUUGUCGUUGCCACAUCUCUUGCUGGUGUGCCCUUCACCCCAAACAUCCCCGGCAUGGACAAGUUCAAGGGCACCGUCCGGCACUCGACCCAGCAUGACUCCGCCCGUGAGUGGGUCGGCAAGAAGGUUCUUGUCGUGGGAACGUCUUCUUCCGGCUUCGAUACAGCAUACGAUUUUGCUCGUCGCAGCAUCGAUGUCACUCUCCUUCAGAGGUCGCCUGCGUACCUGAUGUCCUUGGAAGAAUCGGUUCCGAGGAUUCUCGCUCCUCUUUACGAGCCCAAAGACCACAAACCACCAAAUAUCGAAAAUGCAGAUCGACUGAAUUACAGUAUGCCCGUCGGUCCAGCGGAAGAGCUGAAUCGCCGAGUGGCCCGAGACAUCUGGAACGCCGACGUAGAACUGAUUGCCAAUAUGGAAAGGGCCGGUUUCCGUGUCUGGAGAGGUCAACGUGACACCGGUUCUCAUACUCUUGGGUACACCAAGAACGGAGGCUUCUAUUUCGAUGCCGGUGCUUGCCAGGCGAUCAUCAAUGGCAAGAUCAAAGUCGAGCAAGGGUACCCGAUCGCUUUCACCGAAAACAGUAUCGUACUGAACGGCGACCGAGAGCAACAAUACGAUCUAGUCGUGUUGGCCACCGGAUUUUCCAAUACUAUCGAUUCGGUCCGCAAUAUCCUUGGUGAUGAGAUCGCAGAUCAAUGUAACCCAAUUUGGGGUAUGGAUGAGGAAGGCGAACUCAAUACGGCGUGGAAAACCAGCGGUGUUCCUGGUCUAUGGCUAAUGGUGGGGACUUUGCAACAUGGUAGAUAUCACUCGAAGAAAUUGGCCCUUAGGAUCAAGGCGAUACUGGAAGGCGUGGCUCCUGAGCCAUAUCUAGAAUAG